AUGGCUCCCCGCCCAGAAUGGAGUGGAGAAGAUCGGGGUGCAAAGGGAGCCGGGUGCUGCUUGCGGUGGGUGGUGCUGCUCCUAGGAAUCGGCAGGACGGCGGAAGGUGUGUCGUGUCCCCAGGGGUGCACUUGCGAGUAUCUGGCCGUGAACUGCACAGGGAAGAGGCUCGCAGAGUUCCCGGCGACCAUCCCUCUGGACACCAGGCAGCUGAUCCUGGCUCAAAACCAGCUCAGCUACUUGCCAUCUGUGGAGCUGAACUUCCUCAGCGACUUGAUCUAUCUAGACUGCAGUGGCAAUGCUUUGGGGCAGGACCUGGACUUCACCUUCGUGAGCAUCAUCAGGCUUGUCUACUUGGACCUCAGUUUCAACAACCUCACCUUGAUCACGUUUGGGACCUUUUCCCAGCUCGGCAGCCUGGUUGUGCUCAAGCUCUCCGACAACCCCGGUCUGGUGGAGAUUGAGAAGGACUCCUUUGCCAACAAUACCUGGCUGAGGCACCUGGAUGUGAGCCGCUGUAGCUUGACGUUCAUUGAUGCAAUUACCCUCAGGGACCUGCCCAACCUGAGAAGCCUGGGCUUAAGCGGGAAUCCCUGGUUCUGCAACUGCUCCUUCAUGGAACUGUGCAGCUUCAUAAAAGAGAGUGGCAUAACUAUCCCAGGUGAGUGGGAAAUGCUGAGCAUCUAGGGGAUGGAGUCCCAUCUCCAGGUGAGCUGUAGGGCACUUACGCAGCUGCUGGGCUGAGAGGGUGAGCAGUCUGUGGACUCAGGACAAGAAUGUCCCUCUGGCGUUUGGCCUUUAAAAAUAAGUCCUCUGCAUUCCUAUGCUUAGAGCAAAGGCAUGUAUGUACCACUACUUUGCUCCUCUGCCUCAAAAGAGUCAAAGCCAAGGAGGGAAAGCAAUAAUUUACUUUUCAAUGAAGUGGCAGUACAGUGGUACCUCAGGUUACAGGCGCUUCAGGUUACAGACGCUUCAGGUUACGGACUCCGCUAACCCAGAAAUAGUACCUCGGGUUAAGAACUUUGCUUCAGGAUGAGAACAGAAAUCGCACAGCAGAGGCGUGGAGGCAGCAGGAGGCCCCAUUAGCUAAAGUGGUGCCUCACAUUAAGAACAGUUUCAGGUUAAGAACGGACUUCCAGAACAAAUUAAGUUCUUAACCUGAGGUACCACUGUAUAACUAUUGCACCAGGAAGGUACUUUCUUGUCGAAGUUAACGGGAGCUCUUUGAAAAUGUCUAGCAAACACACACAAAUAUUUCGUCUCUCCCCGUUCUCCCCUCAUCAGCCAUCAAGGCAACAGAGAGCCCUGGUGCUGUUUAUCCUGAAUUUCUUGUGAUUCCAGAGUCAAAAUAUUGUGUGCAAGCUUCUCUCCUAUUCUAAGCUGAGUGUUUCUUGCUUUAUUAUGUGCGGUUUUGCUGAUGCCAUUCUUUUCAGCUGUUGUUGCUUCUUAUUGUUGAAGAACCAUCUAAAAGGCUUGCCGUCAGUGGCGUAGCGUGGGGGGUGCAGGGGGUGCCGGCUGCACCGGGCGCAACAUCUGGGGGGGCGCGCUCGCACUCGCAGCUCUCUGUCCCUACCUGGCUCACUCACUCUCUCUCACUGCAGUGCUGGCUGUGCGAAUCCGAUCCAAGCCGCUGGGUCGCCGCCCACUGUGGAGGGGGUGGGUGCCAGGCGUGCGGUGCAGAGAGAGAGCGAGGGACUAUCUGGGGGAGGGACAGUGCAGUGGCCGCCCAGCGCAGCGCUGAGCGCAGGAGAGAACCACACCAGACCAGACCAGGCAGCAGCAAGAAGCUGGCAGCAGCGGCAGGUUAGGGGGCGCAAAUUACUUGCCUUCCCCCGGGUUAGGGGGUGCAAAUUACUUGCCUUGCCCCGGGUGCCGACAACCCACGCUACGCCGCUGCUUGCUGUAUUAUCAUGGUAGUUUUUUGGGGGGGAGGGGGAACCCAUGCAAUUCACAAAGUUUCUUUUUUUUUACGUUACAAUAUUUCUUUUAUUAUUAUUAUUAUUAUCAAUUUUUUAUUGAUUAAAAGGUUUGCAUGUCUAUACAAACAUUAUGUACUAUCUCUUAACAGGUAAAAAAAAAAGAACUUAUAUAAAAUAGAAAAUUUAUAAAGAAAUAAAGAAGUAACAAAGAUCAGAAACAAAGAAAUCAAAUUUUAAAAAAGAAAAAAGAGACAGAGUUAUUUACAUAGUAAAAGUACUCAUCAGCACAAUUCUUCCCAUUCUUCUCAUCAUACUGUUUGAUAUAACAUUCUUUUUUACACAGGUUUACAUUGUAUAAUAUCAUUUCUGCUUUGUAUACAUCCCUUUGAUCUUUUUCUUUACAAAUAUCACUCAAUUUCUGCUAAUACGGAGUUUCAAUCCUUCCCUCGCGCGUUUACCAAAGCGGAGGCCCUUUCCAAUUAAUUCCGAUACACUACUCCCUUUCUGAAUCCUUCCCUCCCUUCCCAUAUUCCAAGCAGAGACAAAGCUAGGCUCCCAGAAGACUAUUUCUAUUCCUGCAUCAUAACUCUCAGAGAAGGGAAGGGAAAAGAAGGAGGCUGCUUAUGUGUCAGGGAAGGCAGUUCUGUUUCCCACUUAUGUCACACAACUCACCUUAUAGCCUUGCCACGGCUGUUUCAAAUAGCGAGCAACACUGUUUGUGUGUGAAACAGACACGUCCCUUUGCAUUCCUCUGCGCCUUGUUUGAGAGCAGCGGUUAAACUUUAAUGCUGGCUGCAAGCUUAUCUGGCAACGAGAGCUCCUCUUUCCUUCUGGAAAUGAAAUAAGACACACCAUGCUCCAUGCCAGCUGGUGGCACAAGAUGGCACAUCAUGAUAACUUUGUGGCUCCACUUGACCGCUGUCUUCUACAGUAUGAGAGCCAGCUCAGGGCAGGCAACCUGUCCAAUAAAAUUAGGUGGUUCUAGUGCCAGAGUUGGGUGGUCCAACACUGCAUGAGUUCUGCCAAUGGCAUCCACACCGUUUGGGGAAGCUGGGAAACAGCUGGCACUGUGCUCUAAACCACUAAGCCUCUUGGACUUGCCAGUCAGAAGGUCGGCGGUUCGAAUCCCCGCGACAGGGUGAGUUCCUAUUAUUCUGUCCCAGCUCCUGCCAAUGGCUCCCCAAAGAUCUCUCCAAACUAGGAGAUGGGUAGCAAAAUGGGCAGAUGAGGUUCUGUGUAAGGAAGCACAGAGGGACCACACCGUCACAAAGAUGGCGUUGGGCUACGUCAUCUAGCCCAACUCCCAGCCAACCCAAUGCUACAGCAUCCUUGGUACAUGGGGGAUGCGGGUGGCGCUGUGGUCUAAACCACUGAGCCUCUUGGGCUUGCCAAUCAGAAGGCUAGAGGUUUGAAUCCCCGUGACGGAGUGAGCUCCCGUUGCUCUGUCCCAGCUCCUGCCAACCUAGCAGUUCAAAAGCACGCCAGUGCAAGUAGAUAAAUAGGUACUGCUGCUGCAGCAGGAAGGUAAACGGCGUUUCCGUGCGCUGUGGUUUCCGUCACGGUGUCCCGUUGCACCAGAAGUGGUUUAGUCCUGCUGGCCACAUGACCCAGAAAGCUGUCUGUGGACAAACGCCUGCUCCCUCGGCCUGAAAGUGCGAUAAGUGCCGCAACCCCAUAGUCGCCUUUGACUGGACUUUACCGGACUUUACUAGGCCCAAAACCAGGUGAAUGUGACCCAUCUGCAGGGCUGGCCCAAGACAUUUUGGCACCCGAGGCAAACCACAAAAUGGCGGGCUUGCCGCUGCCAGGGGAGAAGGAAAUAAUGCUUGUGCAUGAGCACAAGCUAUUUCCAGUGCUGCUCCGACCCGGAAGUGGGCAGCCGCGCAGCGCAGCGCCAGUAAGAGCGGGCAGCGACAGCGGGCGACGGGGGUCACCACGGGCCAGAUAAACAAGUCCCUUGGGCCUUAUCUGGCCCGUGGGCCUUAGUUUGGGGACCCCUUUCAAAGCCAGAUCACCCUUGGGUUCACCCACUAACAUGGACUAAUAAUAGCUUUUCAUUCAGUAUUCACCAAGACAAUUAUUUUGGAAGGAUUACAAAAAAAAAAAUCAAACCUCAGCUGCAGAAAUCUUUCCCCCCAAAGUGAUGGAGAAUUCUGCCUCCCCCUCCAAGAAUAUUUGGCCCCUGGGAAUGGGUCCAGUAAUCAGUCUACUGGGCGGUAAGCCAUUUUAGAUGCUUAGCAGAAAGAUAACAAACAAAAAUGCUGAUUUAUUUUGUUUCCUGAAAUAUAUAUACUACUUGACUGGAACAAACAUGAAAGCAAGUUAGGUCUGAGUUUGAAGGGGAGGGUGUCUUACUGGGUCUGGAGAAGAUCAAGGCCACAGGCCUGUAGACAUGUCCUUAAUUGACAUUUUUUAAUGCACAAGUCGAGACUUCUUGUCCCUCUUGCGUUUCCUCUGCAGACUCUGACAACGUCACCUGCUACAGCCCAGCUUUUGUGCAUGACUUGAAGCUGCUGGAAGAGGCACAGGAGCAACUGAAUUAUAAAUGCUUCAUCCAUUUUGAUGACCAAGACUAUCUUUUCCUGGGUCUGGUUGGGUUCUGCAUCUUCUCUGCUGGUACAGUGUUUGCCUGGCUCUUGGGAGUUUGCGCGGUUGUAUAUGAAUUCUUAACUCCGACAGGAGACGAUGAAGACGAAGAGGACUGGGACGAAUGA